CCGGAUACUCAGGCUGGACUCAGAGCUGGACCUACUUUUGUGGACUUUCUGUCUGGACUACUGUCUGUGGAUAUUUCCCUUUUAUCCUGGAUCUUGUGGAUUAUUAUUCUGACUUCAGCAUGACUCUGGAAGAAGUCGUGGGUUCCAGCAGCACCGAGAAGAAGAUGGAGACCGAGAGUCACGCGCUGGAGGAGCUCCUGGUCGCGGCGCAGCGGCAGGACUGCCUCACCGUGGGAGUGUACGAGUCCGCCAAGCUCAUGAACGUUGACCCGGACAGCGUGGUUCUGUGCAUCCUCGCUACUGACGAGGAGGACGAGGACGACAUCGCGCUGCAGAUCCACUUCACGCUGCUGCAGGCUUUCUGCUGCGACAAUGACAUCAACAUCGUGCGGGUGUCCGGCAUGAGGCGCCUGGCGCAGCUGCUGGACCCCGACAGCCAGGACAGCAACGGCAACGAGCCCCGCGACCUGCACUGCAUCCUGGUCACGAACCCACCCGUGCAGCCGCUCCAGUGCAAAGCCCUGCAGGACGUCAGCAACUUCUGCAAGGAGAGCCGCUACAGGAACCAGUGGGUGCCGAUCCUGGAGCUGCAGGACCGCUGAUCCGAACCAGAACUCUUAACGCUGAGUGAGACCGCCUUGGAGCGGUGCGAAAGAGUCGAUCCAAACGACCACCUCGUUCAGAAGAGGAGCCCUGGCGUUUGAGUGGUGAAGACGGGACAGGACCUGCUCCAGACUGCACCGGGUCGGACUGGACUCUUGGUGCCUGAGAUGUCGUGGUACAUGUCGGGUCAGUGGAGGGAGAAGCAGGACUGAUUCUGCACCUGGGAGAGUUGGAGCUGUCACGUGACCGAGUGACACUGCAGGACUGAGCUACAGGUGUGUGCACACCUGUUCUUCUGAGUCUCUUUGCGAGGCGCUUGAGUGUUAUUGAUCCCAUGUCACCAUGUGUCUAACAAGCUGAUCAAUAAACAGAUGA